UCCCACAGUUGGGAGGGAGGAGGGAACCCAGGCGUCCUAGCCCCUCCCUCUCCUUUCGGCGUUAACCUCUUAUCCAUCCCUCUUUCCGGCAACGCGGAGAGAACUCAGGAGUCCUGCCUUUUAACCUCUUCCUCCCCCUCCCUUGUAAAUUCCUUACAACCCUAACCCUUUGGUCCCACAACUUUGGUAGGGGAAUCCCUUUCUACCCCCUUUCCCAUUUUUGGAGGGCUGGACCCAGAAGUCCAACCCUGUCACCUUUCGUUUUCCUUUCUGAACUCCUACCCUCUGCAAGGAAGGAAAUAAUCCGAGUCUGUACCCCACUCUUGGGGCUGGGAAGAGAGGCGCCCAAUCUUUAUUUUCUUACCAGCUACUGAUUGCAUGGAUCCCCUCAGUUUCAACAAACCUGGCUUCACCAAGAGGGGCUCACAGCAAUUAAAACCCAACACUAAGAUGUUUGGAUCACCAGCUUUUGAAUGAGAUAGAGUGUGGCUGCCCGUUUAUCACCGAAUGGAUCUGGAGCUAUUAGCAGCUGUCUGGUUUCAAAAUCAGUGCCUUUAGGAGAUGGCUGUUCUUGGGCCGAACAUAAACUGACGCCCCAGAACUAACGUGGGACAACAGUAACCCACCCUGCUUCUGGAAGCCAACUGUAUAAUGGCCGCCAAGCCAAGUGGACCCUCAUCCACUUGGGUUCUCCGCUUCCCUUCACCAUUGGAACCAGGGGUCGAAAUCAGUGUCGAAAUGGAGGAGAACUCGCCUCCUGUUGGGACCAUCAAGGAGAUCCUGAAGUGCUCUCAGUCUCACAAAGACUGGAUGGAUCCAACUGAAACAGGCGGGAGGCCCCAGUGUUGGGAAGUUUGGCAACAGGUGCUUCUGCCCACUCCAGAGGAAGAGGAGUCUAGCGCAAAAACACCUGAGGUGAUAUUGGAGGAUGAUAUUGAAACUUGUGUCAUUUCUUUUGAAAAUGCGUCUGACCCUAAAGAAGAGAGAGGGUCAAAAACUGAAGUGAUGGUUGGGCCUGAUUGUGUGAUUACUAUUGAAGAAGAGGAGAUUGACCUCAAAGGGCAGGAGUCACCAAAACCUGGAGUUGUGUUGGAGGAUGAUAUUGAGGCCUGUGUGGUGGUGUAUCCUGAAGAAGGGGCUGACCCCCAAGUACAAGAGGAGACCCAGCUUAAGAUCAUAGAUGGAGGGAACGUUGAAGACUUCAUGGAGUCUCUUGAGGACACAGGCCUCCCCAAAGUAGAAAAGGCCAUUCAGACUGAACCGACCCAGAGGGAUAAUACUAAGGUCUGUGAGGCCUGUGUCCAGAAAGCAGCCAAUUCCAAAGAAGAAGAGUUAACAGAACCUGAGGUGGCAUCGGAGGAGGAUUGCCAGGCCAGUCUGGCUCCCCCAGAGAAAACAGUGGAACCUAAAGAAGAAAGAGUGACUCAGCUUGGCAGAGAAACACAAGAGGCUUGUAACAGUCCAGAAGCUAAAGAAAAGGGAUGUGAUGCGAAAGGUCAGGCAGCCAUCUUGAGAGAAGAUGGCAUUGCCAUGGAGACUGCCCGCCAGGGUUUCCGGUGGUUUUGCUACCAGAAAGCUGAGGGCCCACGGAAGGCUUAUGGACAGUUGCGGGAACUUUGCCGUCUUUGGCUGAAGCCAGAGAGCCGCAGCAAGGAGCAGAUUCUGGAGCUGCUGGUCCUAGAGCAAUUCCUGGCCAUUUUGCCUCAGGAAAUACAGAGCUGGGUGUGGCAGCAGCAUCCAGAGACGUGUGUACAGGCUGUUGACCUGGUGGAAAACUUCCUGACAGGACUUUCUUUGCUUGAGAGGCAUGGUAAAAAGGCACUGGUGACUUUUGAAGAGGUGGCUGUAUACUUGUCUGAGGAAGAGCGGAGACUCCUGGAUGAAACCCAGAAGCAGAUCUACAGGGAAGUCAUGCUGGAGAAUUAUGAAAAUGUCCAGUCACUAGGAUUUCCAGUUUGCAAACCAGAUCUGAUCUCCAAAAUGGAGAACAGCGAGAACCAGGAACUGUGUUUUCAAGAUCCCCAAGAUUCUAAAAAAGGAAGAGAUGCUGAGGAUGCUGAGCUCUUGAACGAGCCUGACUGCAAGGAGUUGACAACCUGGAAGGAAGAGAAAGCCAUGGAUGUCCUGCUGACUGCGCCAAGAACUGCAAGCACUCUCGAAGGCUGGGACAGCACAGACAAAAGCAGCCCUCCCAGCAGGGAAGGAAACAGGCCCCGCUGGCAUCGGACUGAGCCACGCUUUGCAUGCCCCGACUGCGACAAGACUUUCCCUUGGCAGUCAGCCUUGGCUCGGCACCAGCUCUCGCACUCCGGAGAGAAGCCCUAUCAGUGCUCGGACUGUCCCAAGACUUUUGCCCAGCACUCAAAACUAGCCCGGCACCGACGCCUCCAUACCGGGGAGCCCUCCUGUGAGUGCUCUGAGUGUGGGAAGCGCUUCUGUGACCGCUACAAGUUAGCUCGCCACCAGAAGAUCCACUCCGGUGAGCGGCCUUUCCACUGCCAUGUUUGUGGUCGUGGCUUCUGUCUCAGUUCCAACCUGCGACAGCACUUGCGGGUGCACACAGGCGAGCGCCCCCACAGCUGCCCAGAGUGUGGAAGGUGCUUCAGUCGUCGCUCCAACCUCAUCCAGCACCUCCGGGUGCAUCAACUUCAGUGGCAGGAGCAAGGAGGGCAGGGCGAGGGGCUCCAGGCGGGGGACUCUGAGUUUGGACAAGGCUCUGAUCUCGGUGAGGAGGAAUGGGAAUACGAGUGGAUUACAGAGACACAGGAUGGUGAGCAGGCAGGCGAGCUCCAUCCUAAAAAUGACGGGGGCGAGACACACUUGGAGCUUGGAGCUGGGGAUCACAAUGAUGAGAUCCUGGAGCUCCGUGUCGGGGAUUAUGAGAAUGGGUGGAAUGCAGAGAUCAGUGGUGGAGACAAUGAGCAUGGUGAGAUUAUGGAGCUCCAGCUUGAGAACCAUGAACACCAGCAGCGUCUGGAGCUCUGUACUGGAGACCCUGAGAGUGAGGAAAUAUUGGAGCUCCGUGUAGGGGAUGGUGAUGAACAUGGAUGGAACGACAAGGAGCUCGAUGGUGAGGAUGAUGAUUGCCUGCUUGUCAGUGAUGGAGGGCCCCUCUGCUCUGACAGCCAAGAGAAUUGUCGCAGUCCAAAUUUCCAGUUUGCCAGCCAAACCCAUCUAGCAGGGAAUGAGGUCCCCCAGUGCUCUGACUGUGGGAGGAGAUUCACCCGGAAUUCCAGCCUUUCCCGACACCAGCUAGUCCAUGCCACAGGGCACCCCCACGCAUGCCGGGAAUGCUGCCGCUCCUUCAGUUUGCCCAGCCUGCUGGCUCAGCACCAGCUCACACAUGCCUCUGGACAGCCUCAUGCAUGCCCCAACUGCCCCAAAAGCUUCAGCCACCGUUCCAAACUGGUGCGCCAUCAGCGUGUCCACACGGGCGAGCGCCCUUUCCAGUGUGGCGAAUGUGGGAAAAGCUACAGAGACAGCUCAACACUCCUCCGGCACCAGCGUGUCCAUGGCAAGCCUGAGGCCUUGGGAUUUGCUCCCUUGCAGGAUACCUCUCCUUCCUCCCCUGAUCCCAUGGUGGUGAUGGUAUAAGCACCAGCUGCAGGAGAACUCAGUGCAACUUCCACUGUGGGAAGCAUCCACUGAAUGGCUGUGGCUGGAAUCCUUGGUGUGGAUGAGCCAUGUCUGUAUAAACUGGCUAACCCUUUAUUGUCCUGACUGUGAUUUGGGGUGCUGGGGUACGAUUGAUUGCCAUUGUGAAACAAUUCCAAUUUGCAGUUCUUUUGAGAAAGGAUUGGAGUAAUGUUGGAAAAAGAGGGGGUAUCUGUUAGAGGAGGCAAGCCUGGGAAUCUAAAUGGCCUCCACCUGCCAGUGUUUGGGUUGUAACUUAUCCCUACAGAUUUAUUCCUGUCAUCAAGAAGGAGGACUUGGGAUUUCAGAGGGAAGUGUGUAUCACACAGUCCCAAAUCCCUUGCAGUGUUCAUUCUUCCUUUUGGCUCUCUGCCCAAAUACCCCUGUAAUGACACCUUAACCCCACUUUCAAAUAGCCUGCUUUGCCCCGGUGGCUUCCCUAAUUUCAUUGCAAUCCCCCCCUUCCCACAUUCCCCCCCUCCAAGGGUUGGAGAUAAAGGCAGAGCUUUGAAGUAUCCUUAGGCCACACCUCCAGCACCUAAUUGGCUGGUUUUUUUCUUGCAGAGUAUAGGGCCAGGGUUCUCUUGAAACCAGCAGUGGAAGAGGCUGGAAUGGUGAGGUGCUGGCUGAGAAGUCAUUGCCCAUUGAUUGACGCAGGCGGAAGGUGAUUUCUGCUCAUGGCAGCAGGCACCCUGACCAGUAACCAUGUGAACAGAUAAAAGCCUACAACAGCCCAAGUGACAAGCUAUUACUCUUAACUUCCCAAAACAAAACCUACCUUCCUGGUGCUGGUCACUUUGGAACAGGUGUAGGAUGCAGGAGGAUACAUCUUGAGUGGGGGCUUUAAAAUAAUAUUGAUCCCACCCUCUACACUUCACAGAUAAAUGUGGUAAACCUGUUUCUGGACUGUACCUUAUUGACUUGCAGGGUGUGUGUGAGAAUGUUUCCAUAUUUGGUAGUGAUGGGGAACCUCUACAUACAGAAAACUAGUAUGCCAGGGGAAUGUAUAGUCUAGAACCUUUCUGCCUGACAUGACGGGAACUGUACAUUUUUUUGUGUACACGGAGUUGCAUGAAAACGUGUAACCCUUCCCCAUCCCAGCAGGCUGAAGUGGUACAGUCCAGAGACAGAAUUCUAGUUUUAGGGUCGCAAGGUUCAGGAUGAGCACAAUUCCUCUUUACGGAAGUCAAGACCAAUCACUUCCUAAUUGUAACUUUUUAACCUCCAGCUUAUCUCCAAGGCUCUCUUUGGCUUUCAAAUAGCCCAGUCAAGAUCCAUCUUAGUGGUUUGGUUGAAAGAUUGUUAAUGAGCAAUGGAAGCCACUUACUUUGUCUCAUAUGUGUUGGGUUUUAUCUGCUGUGAACUCUUCCCCUGUGGUUUUCCAUCAGAUAGAGAAGAUGCCAGUAUGACUUGGGAGAUUGCACAGUUGUGGGAAGAGUUAGGGGGUGGUUGUGGGCUGCUUGAUUGUACAUAUGGGAAAUAAAGUCUAUUUUCUUUUUUGUUUCCAUAACUUUCCUGGCAGAAUCCGUAGAA